AGCUCCUUGUCCUCUCGCGCCUGCUACAGGAAAAGUUUGGCCUGAGACAGAACCGCCUGCUACAGGAAAAGUUUGGCCUGGACGGAGAGGGUUUUCCCCAAGAGCUAGGUAGGUGGGAUGCAGGGCGCCGGCAUGGAGGGGAGGAGCAGGGGCUCACCGUCGGCGAUGGACAAGGCCGACGAGAGCGCCAAGAAGGCGCGACUGGACCUGCCCGACGGCCACUCCGUGAAGCAAGAGCUCGUCGCGCACGACGCGGCGGCCGGAGGAGGCGCCAUCGUUGCGGUGGCGGAGCACAGCCCGAGGGCGGAGCUCGCCGUGAAGAUCGACAUGUGCGUGCUCCACUGCCCGCUCUGCACCCUCCCCUUCAAGCCCCCCGUCUUCCAGUGCAGGGGCGGCCACCUGGCCUGCGGCGGGUGCGUGGCCCAGCAGCCCUCCGGCCAGUGCGGGGCGUGCGCGGACGGCUGCGGCUUCUUCCACCCCUGCCCUGCGCUGGACGCCGUCGUGUCCUCCACCAGGGUCGAGUGCCCCAACGCCGGCUGCCAGAGGUACGUCACCUACCACGAGGCCGACGAGCACCGGAGCGCGUGCCCGCACGCGCCCUGCCGCUGCACGGAGCACGGCUGCGCCUUCGUCUGCGCGGCGCCGGACCUUGCCGCCCACUCCGUGCCGGUGCGCGCCAUCCACUACGGCAAGGUGAGCCGGUUCCAGGUCCCCGUGUCGACGCCGCGGCUGCUGCUCGUCGGCGACGACGACGGCCGCGUGUUCGUGCUCACCGUGGCCGCGCUCGGUGCCGCGGCGACCGCCGUGCCCGUGGUCUGCGCCAGGGGGGGUGCGACCACGAAGCCGCGGUUCACGUGCAAGAUGUGGGUGAACCUAGGGCUGGACAAAAAGCUCGAAGCUCGGUGAGUCUAAUGAGCGCUCGGUUGCUCGACUCGUUUGAGCUCGGCUCAUUUUCUUAAUGAACCGAGUCGAGCAGCAAUUUUUGCUCGUUAACACUAGCGAGUUAAACGAUUGAGAUUGUGAGUUUCGUGAGCUACUCGUUAAGCUUGGUAGUAGCGUGAUUUUGUUCAUUAUAGAGAAUUUUUUGGUGACUUCGAUCACUCCUAAGAGUAUGGACGGGCUAUUUGCCACAUUCACAUCUUUCUUGUCUUCUCAUAUUCUUGAUUUAUUAAAUCCUACUAGCUGGACCUAUGUAUGUUUGUAAUUAUAUUCAUGUGAUGUAUCUUGUUUACUGAUGCA